GAGAGGCGCGCUGGUUAGGAAGCUGGGGGUCAGAGGUCGCGGAGGCAGAAGGCGUUCCUGCCGCUGUCCUCGUCACUAUGUAGCUGAGGGGCAGGAGCCCUACUCCACGUUCUGGAAGGUUCUUGGGCUCGACCACGGCGGUAGCCCCAGGACUUCUAGUCCUUGGCCUCGGGUCCUUGCCGGCCGAGGGGAGUCGCCGCCGCCAUGUUCGGCUGCUUGGUGGCAGGGAGGCUGGUGCAAACAGCUGCACAGCAAGUGGCAGAGGAUAAAUUUGUUUUUGACUUGCCUGAUUAUGAAAAUAUCAACCAUGUGGUGGUUUUUAUGCUGGGAACAGUCCCAUUUCCUGAAGGAAUGGGAGGCUCUGUCUACUUUUCCUAUCCAGAUUCAAAUGGAAUGCCAGUAUGGCAACUCCUAGGAUUUGUCACGAAUGGGAAACCAAGUGCCAUCUUCAAAAUUUCAGGUCUUAAAUCUGGAGAAGGAAGCCAACACCCGUUUGGAACCAUGAAUAUUGUCCGAACUCCGUCUGUUGCUCAGAUUGGGAUUUCAGUGGAGUUGUUGGACAGUCUGGCUCAGCAGACUCCUGUGGGUAAUGCUGCUGUGUCCUCAGUUGACUCAUUCACUCAGUUCACACAAAAGAUGCUGGACAACUUCUACAAUUUUGCUUCAUCAUUUGCUGUCUCUCAGGCCCAGAUGACACCAAGUCCAUCUGAAAUGUUCAUUCCAGCAAAUGUGGUUCUGAAAUGGUAUGAAAACUUUCAAAGACGACUAGCACAGAACCCUCUCUUUUGGAAAACAUAAUUUGAAUAAAAUAAUUUUUAAUGGA